AUGCCUUCUCUCGCCAAGGUGACCGCCACUUUGUUCUCGGGAUCAAAUCAUUCUCCUGACUUCGGCUGGGCCACAAAUGUUCCCCACCUCAUUCCGUGCGCGAUAUCGUUCCAGGACCCACCGCCAAGCGGUCUUUCGCUGACUCGAAAAGACAGAAAAACCGGAAACUCACUGAAGCCACCAUCACGGACCUGCGUCCGACAUAUCAAAUCUUAUGCUCACUCCUGUGCGCCCAGCGACCCCGAUCGCAUCGCGGCGCGAUCGACCAAUGGCUGUCACCCUCUGUUGCGAAGCAGCGCCUCAGCGGCGUGGGAAUGCUCAUUCCAGGGUCUGCGGGCAGAGGACAGUACAUUCGUUGGUGAUCUGCUCCCAGGUUGCUGGAGGGUUUUCGGGCAGGGCAAACUGACGGGAGGGCGGAGGAACAGGAUCGAUAUAGCAGCGCCAUACUCCAUCCACAUGCCGCCCAUCCGCGGGCCUCGGGCAAAAGCAGGCAAGUGA